CUCUCUCUCUCUCUCUCUCUCUCAGUUUCUUCAGUCUCUCUGGGGGAGUAGAGGGGAAGCUUGUUCAGCUGCUGAAAAGGACGGACUGUGCGCAGGUCAGAGGGAGAUGGACAGCUGUGUGGCUCUAAUUCUCCUGUCCUCCAUAAUCACACUCACCACAGCUGUCAGUGUGAGGUUGGUGGAUGGUGGUAGUCGCUGUGAAGGGAGAGUGGAGGUCUAUCGUGAUGAUCAGUGGGGAACAGUGUGUCGUCAUGACUGGGAUAUGACAGAUGCUGCAGUGGUGUGUAGAGAGCUGGACUGUGGAGAGGCUCAGAAUAUUCCUCAGUUUGGUCCAGGAUCAGGACCAAUAUUGAUGGGAUAUGUGUGGUGUCGUGGAUCAGAGUCUACACUGAACAGCUGUAAUUUUCUUUCAAGUUUUGGUUAUUUCUGUAAAUCUCAUGAUCUGGACGCUGGAGUCACCUGCUCAGGUCGCAUCUCUAGACUUGCUGAUGGUCCUCAUCUGUGCUCUGGGAGAGUGGAGGUGCUUCGUGGAGGGACCUGGUCCACAGUGUGUGAUGCUGGCUUUGACCAGCAGGAUGCAGAGGUUGUGUGUCGAGAGCUGGGCUGUGGGCUUCCUGUGGAGGUGCUGGGAGCAGCUGCUUUUGGCAGAGGGGAGGGUCAGGUGUGGUCAGAGGAGCUUCAGUGUAGAGGCAAUGAAGCUGAGAUUUAUUUGUGCCCAACAUCUUCACUGAAACACAGCUGCACAAACACAGCUGCACAAGCUCAUGACAGUGAUGUGGGUCUGGUGUGCUCGGGUCACAAUGAAGCUCGGCUGGUGAGUGGCUCUGACUCCUGUUCUGGUCGAGUGGAGCUCCAGUACCUCAGUGAGCGAGGCACAGUGUGUGAUGUAAGCUGGGAUAUGAGAGCUGCCAGUGUCCUCUGUGGUCAGCUGAACUGUGGGAGUGCUGUGGCUGUGUUGGGCUCAGACUGGUUUGGGGAGGGGAGUGGCCGGAUCUGGGCUGAUGUGUUUGAUUGUCAGGGGAACGAAACACACCUGUCAAAAUGUCCCAUUUCAUCAUGGAGUCGAACUGCAUGCUCUCAUAAACAAGACGUUGGAGUCAUCUGCAAAAAUUCCUCUCUGCCAUCUCAUGAGGAGCAAGUGCGGUUGUCUGGAGUGAUGGAGUGUGAGGGGGAGGUGGAGGUGUACUUCAGGCAGGACUGGAGGAGAGUUCUGCUGGACUUCUGGAGUGAGUCUGUGGCCUCUGUGGUCUGCAGACAGCUGGGCUGUGGCUCCGUGAUCAGGAUCUCCAACUCUUCUACAUCCAGUCCUGAACACAGUCACAUGUGUGUAACAGGUUUCAGUUGUUCUGGGAGUGAAGCUCAUCUGGGGAACUGCAGCAGUGCACAAGCAGUCAACUGCAGCUCCAGAGAACAGCUCUCAGUCACCUGCUCUGGUAAGUUUAAUCCAGCUCACAGCUCCAUCAGGCUGGUUGGUUCUGGGGGAGACUGUGCAGGAAGGGUGGAGGUUUUCCACAACGGUUCAUGGGGGACAGUAAGUGAUGACUUGUGGGACGAUAAGGAUGCGCAGGUGGUCUGCAGACAGCUGCAGUGUGGAGUGGCCCUCAGUGCUGUUGUACCAGCCCAAUUUGGACCAGGAACUGGACCCAUAUGGCUGAAUGAGGUGGAGUGUGAGGGGAACGAGACGUCCCUGUGGAACUGCAGAUUUCACCUGUGUGGAGAGGACGAAUGUGGGCACAAGGAUGACGUAGGAGUCGUGUGUUCAGAGUUUAAAGAGUUCAGACUCACUGAGGGCUGUGAGGGGAACCUGGAAGUAUUCUACAAUGGAACCUGGGGUAAUGUGUGUGUAAAUGGGAUGGAUGAAGAAACAAUAAGUCUCAUCUGUCAGGAGCUGAACUGUGGAAGAUCUGGCAGUGAGAAGGCUUCCAAAGCAAGAGUGGAAUCAGCUCCUAACUGGCUGGACAAUCUGAAAUGUAGGAAACAUGAUUCCACUCUGUGGCACUGUCCAUCUUCACCCUGGAGACAAAAUAACUGUAUUAACCGCAAUGAAGUGGCUGAAAUAACCUGUUCAGAAAAUGAAGAUGAUCGUGUGUUACGAAGCCAUCUGACAUGUUCUUCAUCUCCUCAUCACAGACAGUGCUCAAAUCACUUGCCUCUCAGGCUGAGAGGAGGAGAAGGAAGCUGCUCUGGGAAGCUGGAGGUGUUUCACAAUGCUAAGUGGGGGUCUGUCUGUGCUGAUCUGUGGGACAUUAGGGAUGCUCAGGUGAUCUGCAGGCAGCUGGGCUGUGGGCCGGCGCUGAGUGCUGAUGGGAGUGCUGUCUUUGGUGCUGGUGAAGAGCCUAUCUGGCUGAACAGAGUGAAGUGUAGAGGGAAUGAGAUUCACCUGUGGGACUGUCCCCAUUCCCUGAAGAACCACACUGACUGCUCCCACAAGCAGCACGCUGGAGUCACCUGUGCAGACAUAUCUGUACCUUCUACUGCUGCAACCAUAAUUACAACCACCACUUCCACCAUUGCAGUUGGUCAGACAACAAAGGGAACAAUAACUCUUCCGUCAGCUCUUCCAGUGGAUGAUCCCUCCAUCUAUCCAGUGCCUCUCCUGGUUCUGGGAGCAGUGCUCUUUCUGGCCUUAGUGCUGUUGGUUGUGCUGUUUUACCAGAACAGAGUGCUCAGGAGAGGGCUCUCUAAGAUGAGGCGUAAGACUCUGACUGAGGUAGUCUAUGAGGAGAUCGACCGCAGAUACAUUACUAAAAGAAAUGAUUUGACUCAAAGGGGAAGUGUCUUCUCUGAAGAACAGCAUUCAGGAUAUGAGGAUGUGGAUGAGGAGCUUCUCUCAGGAAGUGUCUUCUCUGAAGAACAGCAUUCAGGAUAUGAGGAUGUGGAUGAGGAGCUUCUCUCAGCAAAGUCCAUGACUGGAGUGAAGGCAGAAUAUUAUGAUGAUGUCACCACCAAUGGUCUGAUAAGUGACUCAGCAAAAGAGGACACAGCAGAGAGCUAUGAUGAUGUUAUCACUGCUGGAGAGAUCUCUGAUGGUGUAGCAGAUGAAGUAGCAGAGAAUUAUGAUGAUGUCAUCACUGCUGAUCAGAGCUCAGCUGCUGUAACAGAAGACAUGACAGAUAACUAUGAUGAUGCUGUUACUGCUGGACCAAACUCCAACAUUAUGACAGUGGACACACCAGAGAACUAUGAUGAUGUCAUCACAGCUGAACAGGAUGUAGGAGGAUUAAAUGGUGCGUACCUGAUCACUAUGAUGAUGUGGAGGAGGAGCCUCAGACAGAGAUGAAUCAUGUGACUGAGAGACCACAGCCAGUGUCUUUCCUCAGGAAACUACAUUCAAACCUCUUCAAGCUCAAGAAAUGAUUUUAUCAUCAAUCACAAGUCAAAAUGGUUUAUGGAGCAUAAAUGAGAUAAAGUGGCUUAAACAUCCCCUAAUUGAUGUAAACCAGUUACAGUUAUAAAUUACACCUUUUUGACAAUUGAGUUUUUCCAAACUUAGAAACAUUUACUGACACAUCUCACCUCAUUAAGUUAUUCCAUCAGAAUGAUUAUGAUCUUACUUUGAUCUCUUAAUCCAACUUUUUUAUCUUCAUUUUGUGUCUGAUGUGAUGAAGGUCAUCAGUUUUCAAAAGCUUCCUUUUUUAAUUAAAGUUUAAGGAAAUGAUUAUUUUGGACUGAAGCUCUCAAAUUAAAGGUGUGUUGAUUUUCACUGUAGAUCAUUUUGAGGGUGAAGAACUGAAAGAUGUUCUGGUCAGAAGUGAAUGUUCAGUGAUCUUCAGUCAGAAACAGGAAAGUGCUGUUUCACUGAAACUGACUUGUAUAACAGUUUUCUAUGAUCAGUGUUAGCACUAAAAUCAAGCAGCCACUUCAUAACUGUUUACUGUAUUUGUUUUGAUCAUCCCCUUUAUACAUCUAUAAAAUACAUCUAUAAAAUAAAUAUGUAUUCUGAUACUUUAAAUAAAAAAUGUAAAGCAACGUUUUAUUUAAAUGAUCAAACAAAAUAUUUUACAUCAAUUUAAACCUCAAAAUUGCUUCAAAUCCAGUUCCACUUUUUACUUCUUAUAUUGUAAGAAAAGGAUUUGAUACAUUCUCUCUCACACUUUUUGCAUCUUUUAAUGAUUGUGUGAUUAUUAAGCUGAUAAUAAUUUGAGAUUCUUUCCUAACAGGAAUAAUAAUGACUGCAUGUUGAAUUCUGUAUCUGGAGUUUCUUAUGAUUUAAAUAUGAGUGGAAUCUGUUAUUGAGGUCUGAGAGAUUAUUCUAUUCUCCUCUCUUCUCUGGGCUCAUCAUUGAAAGCAGAGUUUUAAUACUUCUUUCUCUUUUUGUUUUGUUUUUUCCUUUUUCUUUUAUUUCUGUUUUAAAUAUAAACUGUUCUUUGAAUAAAUCACAUAAGGACUA